AUUUGUUUUUUUUUUCUUCUUCUUUCACAUUAAGAAAUGAACGAUUCUACCAAAGACACUCUUUACAAGGUUGCUGACGUUACAAAAACCAUCAUUCAUUGGGGUUUUAUUCCUUUUGUUAUUUACUUGGGUAUGACCCGUAGUAACCCUAGACCCUCCAUUCUCAAGCUUGUUUCUCCUCUUGCUUAAAUUCACUUGUACAAAACUCAUUUAUAUUGUAUCAAUCAUCCUUUUGUUUAAUUCAAUAAAAACUACAAGAAUAGCUUGUAUAUAG